AUGCACAAUUUACAAAGUGAUAAUCACGCUAUUGUCAUCAGUCCUGAUAAAUCACCUGUUGGAGAGCAUAUUCAUAGAUUUAAUGCACCUGUUCUUAACGAUGUUGCUGGAAUCAUGGUUGGCGACCGUACAACUACGCGAGAAAUCGUGAUUCGUAGAAGAAAUAAUAAUCUACAGUUUAUUGCUGAUACACACCGUUUAUAUGAUGCUAUCCAAUAUCCGCUAAUGUUUUGGAAGGAACAGGAUGGGUAUUGCAUAAAUAUUAAACAACGAGAUCCCACAACAGGUGCCGAAACAAACAAGAAUGUCAACUCGAAGGAUUUUUAUGCGUAUCAGUUGAUGAUUAGACGCGACCAGAGCAACGUUAUUCUACGAUGUCGUGAGCUUUGUCAGCAAUUCAUGGUCGACAUGUAUGUAAAGAUAGAGAGCAAACGAUUACGAUACUUGAGAUUUAAUCAACAAAAGUUGCGUGUGGAAGAAUAUAUUCACCUACGAGACGCUAUCAUCACCAACGCCGACGCCGCUCAAAUCGGUAACUCUGUCAUUCUACCAUCAUCAUACAUAGGCAGUCCACGCCAUAUGCAAGAAUAUGUCCAGGAUGGCCGUGUUUAUUUAUCACGUUCACGUGUAAUCCAAAAUGAUCGGAGAUUACAUCUUUACUAUUGCCUGGCCAAAAUGCAAUACAUCGCCUUACAUUACAGCACGUGUAUUCAGACAAAAAUUGAAGUCUUUGAUAAAUUUCAUUACAAUAUUACAUUCGAUAAAAUACGUCCUGUGGAAAUCGACAGUAUAAUUUCUGCGGAAAUUCCAGAUCCGUCUACUGAUCAAAUGUUGUUUGAUAUUGUUACAGCAAACAUGAUUCAUGGCCCAUGCGGCAAUCUUAAUCGUUCAUCACCUUGCAUGGCAGACGGAAAGUGUACUAAAAGUUUUCCGAAAAAUUUCACUAACGAUACAAUCACAAAUGUUGAUGGAUAUCCAACUUAUCGUAGAAGACAUCCCGACAAUUGCGGACAAUCAUUUGUUAAAAAUAUUAACAGCGUAGACAUUGACAUUGAUAACCGUUGUGUGGUCCCAUAUUCGCCUCUGCUGAGUAAAACAUUAAAUGAUCAUAAUUAUGUUGAGUUCUGCAGUUCAGUGAAGAGCAUCAAAUGCAUUUGCAAGUAUGUGAAUAAAGGCAGUGAUAUUGCUGUUUUUCGGGUUGAAAAUACCAAUUUGAAUGCUCCUCCGGUUAAUAAAGAUGACGAAUUAACACUUUAUAAAAUUGGCCGGUACGUCAGCUCCAAUGAAGCUGUUUGGCGUAUCUUUGGUUUCCCAAUUCAUGAACGGUAUCCAGCAGUUACUCAUUUAGCCGUCUAUGUUGAAAACGGCCAGCGCGUAUAUUUCACGAGCGAGACAGCGUUUGAUUGUGCUAUUAGUCCACCAAAAACUACACUCACUGAAUUUUUUGAAUUGUGUAAUCGUGCGGAUGCUUUUGGUGCUUUCACACGGGCAUUACUCUAUUCAGAAGUACCACGCUAUUUCACAUGGGCUGCUACAAAAAAAUGGAUGCCUCGCAAGCAAGGUACGCUAAUUGAUGCAUGUCCCGAUUUAUUCAAAUCAAAUACCUUGGGGCGAGUAUUUACAGCCAAUCCAAAGCAGACUGAGUGCUUCUAUCUUCGACUGUUAUUGGUUAAUAUCACCGGCCCAUUAUCAUUUGAACAUAUACGUAAAGAUGCAUGCCUUGCACUCGGCUUGCUGGAAGACGACAACCAAUGGGAAUGUGUACUUACUGAAGCAGGAUUGAACUGUACAGAUAAACAAAUUCGCUUACUAUUUGCUAUAGUGCUGACUACAUGUUUCCCGGCCAGAGCAGAGACAUUAUGGGAUAAUCACAAAGAUUCAAUGACUGAUGAUAUAUUGCAUCAACAUCAUUAA